AUGUCUAAACUUACUCAUCUUCGACAAGUGAUUGCUCUAUGUUUCUUUUUUAAUGCACUUCAAACUAGAGGUGUUCGGCUACACCCCGCGGUUCUAGAGUUUGCGGUACACCAAACACCUUAUGGAGGUCCUAGUGACAACUACUAUGGCUUACAUGCCACGAUGGAUGUGUACGGCCACAAACUAAAACCAGGCCAGUGGAGUACGGCUGCAAUUUGGGUUAGUCAUCAUGGAGACGGUGCUACGUCAAGCUUUAAUUCGAUUCAAGCUGGCUGGCAUAUUUAUCCAGAGCGUUAUGGCGACUCACGUCCUCACUUCUAUACCCAAUGGACGAGAGACGGACAUGAAGCAACUGGAUGCUUCAACAUGGAUUGCCCUGGCUUCGUACGGGCGAAUGGCGCUGCCAUAUCUCCAGGUGAUGCUAUACAACCAGUUUCUGAUGUUCCCCAUGGGUACAUACAGAGUAUCACACUACGAGUGCUUAAGGACAAAAAAAGCGGAGACUGGUGGGUGUACUACGGCUUCAAUAGCGUUCCUACGGGGGUGGGAUAUUUCCCAAAGUCAUUGUUCACCUACCUGGCAAAUAAGGCAAACCAGUUGGCAUUUGGUGGUGCUGUGGUUGCCCACAGGGCGGCUUCAACUCCUCCGAUGGGUAGCGGUUCCUUCCCUAAUGGUGGUCAAGGGCGCGCUGCUUCUUUCACUAACCUUGGUAUCAUUGACGAGGAGGGGAACAGCAAGCCCAUCAUGGCAGACUUUCCCACGUUAGUUACUAAUAACAAAUGCCACUUUAUUACUCCUAUCAAUCAUGCUGCAUGCCUUUAUGGCGGUCCUGGAGGUUGUGUGAGAUAAGAUGUAAGAACCUUUUAUUGAGCUAGCUCGCUCCAUAUUGUUACUCGCCUAAUGAAAUAACAUGGAGGAGAUGACAAAUUAUGCAAA